CUGCGGCCACAGGGAUAUUAGUAACGCGGCACGGAGAAGGGAUUGUUGGGCAGCGCCGGCACUGAGAGAAAAUGAGCUGACCUAUUGGAUUACUGAACUGUAUGGAACUGUAAGUUGAAGGAAUGACAGCUGCUCAUACAUCAGGAGUACUUUAUGAAUAGAAGGAGUCAGCAAAGAAUACAAAAUGACAACUGCUGGUAUUGCAACACAAGAAACCCAGGUCCCAUUGAAACAUGGGUUCGUGCAUAGUGGACAAGGCAUGAUGGGUUCCAAUUCAUGCUGGACAAACCAUCGUCAUUUUGAAAAUCCAUACUCUCUAAGCUGCAGUUUAAGGACACCUAGUCAGCAUAUAUCAACCAUUGGCCACAUUUCAAGGCCAAUAAUGAAUGGACAUUGCUAUUCUGAAAAUUGUAUGAAUGUACAUUUGAAAAAAACGGGGUUACUUCAACUUGGCAUACCAAUUGUAGAGGAUUUAUCUACAAACUAUGUAGAAGAUCACAUUGUUUCCUCCUUGAAAAAACUAUCAAUGAACGGUGGAUCUGGUAGUGAAAAAACACCUCCACUUACACCUGUCAAAAUUGGACCACCACAGUUUUCUGCCAUCUCAUCACACGAUCGAAGUUCAAGGCCGCUUCCUCCACUUCCAAUAUCAGAAGAUUGUUAUUUAGAUGAUGCAGACAGUGAGGUAGAAUUCUUCACAAGUUCUGAUACAGACUUGCUUUUACAAGAUAGACCUUUAGCCUUUAAGUAUGGAGUUCCAAGCAGGCGAAGCUUCAGGGGAUGUGGACAAAUAAACUAUGCCUAUUGUGAUGCACCAUCUGUAAAUAAACCAACAGAUGAGAGUCCAGCAUCUAACCAAAAUGGGCGUACACACAGCUCAAAACCUCAGAAAUCUGAGCAAAGCCACAGGAAGCUACGGCGAUCUCAUUCAGGACCAGCUGGAUCUUACAAUAAACCUGCAAUUCGUAUAGGAAGCCAUAUAAAUAGGACUUCCCCUAAUUCUGAUGAAGAAAAACCUGAAGUUCCACCAAGGAUUCCCAUACCUCCUAGGUCACUAAAACCUGAUCACAGGAGGUGGUCAGCAGAAGUUUCUUCAAACACGUACAGUGAUGAAGAUAAGCCGCCUAAAGUGCCACCAAGGGAACCUCUUUCAAGAAGUAACUCUCGUACCCCAAGCCCAAAAAGUCUGCCAUCAUACCUCCAUGGGAUAAUGCCCCCAACACAGAGCUUUGCACCUGAUCCAAAAUAUGUCAGUAGCAAGCCUUAUCAAAGACAAAAUAGUGAGGGAUCUGCCAGUAAAGUCCCUUGUAUUUUGCCCAUUAUUGAAAAUGGUAAGAAGGCCAGUUCUACGCAUUAUUAUCUUCUUCCAGAGACAUCCUGCUUAAUGGGACAGAUAUAAAAUGAACUAUAUGGAAUCGAGACUGAGGCAAAGAAGCAGUUUUCUUCUAGUGACAGUAGCAUAUCUUUGAGUUCACCAAAGUCAGAUGUAAAGAGUAAUAUAGACCUGGCUAACCAUGCAAAGUAUAAACACUUUUUCUGAUGUAGUUUCUUUGUAAGUUGUGGCAGGAAUGCCCUAGAAAGGUCAUAACAAUAUCUUCAGAAUGUUACAUAAAAUUUUGUACACUGACUUGUAGAGAAAGCUAAAAAAAAUACUGCUCAUAGAGAGGAAGUAUGUACAAUAAGCUUCAGGUUAUGCUCUUCUAUUCUUCAAACAGAUAAAGGUUUGAUUGAAGCAGAGCCGAAGCCACACUGGGCCUGCAAAUGUCUGCCCGAUUAAUGUACAAGGCCUUCUGUCAUAAAAACCAAAUGAUGGAUAGGCAUGGAACUGCUAAGUCAAUGCUGAACAAUUAUUUACUGUAACUUGCUUAGAGGAGGGUUUUUGUUGGUCUGGGGGUUUUUGCAGUUACAAACGAAAGAAAAAGGACUGUUGUGUAGUUAAAAUAGAGCAAUCUCGUGAAGGAAUAGAGCAGUAUUUGUAUAUCCUGCCUUUGCGUUUAACACUUUCUGAUCAUGUUCAAAACUUUUAUUCCAUAAUUGUGAAUUUCUCAAACUGAAUAACACCAUUCUUAAAUUAGCUGUUACUGCAAAUGCCCAACAGGCUCUGUAAUGUUCAUAUAUUCUCAGUGCUGAGAAAAGCUAAAGAUAAAUGGAAUUUCACAAAGAUCUGUCCAUAACACCUUUUCUCUUUCUACUCUUUUUAUGGACAGUUGGCACAUGCUUGCGUCUGUUUUGAAUAGUUGGCAACAUCUACUCAAUGCAUGUCAGAAGGUCCAUCGAAAAAAUAUGAAGAAAAUUCAGUGUUUUUCCCCCCCCUAAUGUUCAGAUAGUGUUUAUUCUUAGUUGCCAGUAAAUUCACUCACUUUAACUGUUAAUUCUGAUUUUUUUACUAGUGUGUUGUUAAGAAUAUGAUGCACAAGCUGGACUUGUGUUACUGUCAUCUAUUCAGUAUUUUUUCAUCCUUUCAUAUUCCCUAAGCAAACCUUUAUUAGUAGGGGCAAAUAACGCAAGCAGUAGUGUUCAGGCAUCUCAAACUCUUCCCUCCUGAAAGUAGUUGGGAGAAAGCAGGUGUUUGUGGGAUAAGAAUUUGGUAUUCCUGAUAUUUUCCAUGUUGGACUUGUCUGUUUUGUGUGCAUAUUUGUCCAUGCACGUCUUGUCUGCCUCUGCCUCUUUGUCUGUAUGAGGAAAUAUUAACUAGUCUGUGACUAGUGAUGAAAAACAUAAUUUAUUUGGUUAGUUCCCUAUAAAUUGUAAAGACCUGGCUGGUCAUUGUUGUUGACACAUUUUUGGCCUAGUUUUUUCAGGUUUAUUACCAAGAACUAAAAAAAUAAAACUAUUGUCCUGGUUAGGAGCAUCACCUUUCACCCUUACUUAACUGGGCUGCAUGUAUGGCCAGCGAUUAAGUCAUGGAUGUCUGCCCUGUGACUCUCAUGCUAUUUAGCUCCAACUUGUGGUGCCCACCAACAGUUCAGCAGCCAAGGAACUACAGGUUGGACAUCCCUAAAUGACAGGUUCAGGUUUACCAAUUAUGCCAUUAAUUACUGACACUAGGGCUAGUACCCAAUGAAGUCUUAGUAAUUAAAGGGAUGAAACCCUUAUCUAGCUUUGUCCAGGAACAGUCAAUCACCCAGCUACUUAAAGGUGGCCAUAAACAGGCUAACCCAUAAUGCACCUAUUGGCCUGUGGGAUACUACACAAGGGGCUAUACCCACUUUUCUGUUAUUCUGUUUGUUUGGCUUUCCAUCCAAGUGACAGGAAUUGCAGGAAGGAAAAAGGAGAUCUUCACUUCCUUUCUGUUGGCCAACAGAAAUUUUCCGACACGACAGAUAAUCUUCGAUCCUGCAAAAUUACAGGAUUAUAUGUCCACAUGGCCUCCAAUUUGCCAUUUGUUCCCACAUGGUGGGACAUAUGUUUGAUAUCAGUCAAACUGCCCAACAAAAUCUUGAGUGUAUGGCCAGUUUAAGAGGCCAGUGUAAUUAACCCAGAAGAGAAGUUGAAGGCUUGUUAGUAUAUUGCCAAUAAUGAAUGUGCCUUUCUAUAACAAAGCUGCUUUCUAUGUCUAUAUUUUCACAGACUGCUUUUUUUUCCAUUUUAAUUCAGUGGGAGGAAAUUUGGGGUGAUUUAGCAGUUUUCCAUCUCAGUCUGUAGAAUGUCGUAACUGUAAUAGAAGAGGUGCUGCUGUCUGAAACAGGUUCAACACUUUAUUUGUCUGUCUUCAUUAUCCAGUGAUACACAUGCUGUUUACAGUUUGAAAUGGAUGGAUGUUGUGUAACAGCUAUUUAAGUUGCUAUGUUGUACUACAAACUAAAUGAAGGUAUAAAUGUUAUGCUAGAGUAAAUGCACUGAUAUAACUGCAUAUGUACAGUAUUUGACAAGGAAUGAUUUUUGCUUUUUUUAAUACUGUGUGUUAUGUCUUUUGAAAUUAAUAAAACUAUAAUAUUUAUGACACA